AUGUAAACUCUUAUUGGAACCAAAAAAGGAUAAAUUUAUCAUCUUGAAAUCAACAGACCCAAACAACUGUAUAUCCUAUUGCUAUUUCUAGGAAUACCAUGUCAAAACAGCUAUUUCAAGAUUUGAAAGCCUCAGUCGAUAUUAUUAAUCAGACUGACGAUGUUAGAGUUGUGGUUUUCACAGGAAGAGGAAAGCAUUUCUGCGCUGGUCUUGACCUAAAAGAGGCUCCAUCAAUGUUCUAAGUACCUUUUAAAGUGAUAUUGUUUCUGAGACUCCUGAAGAAUUAGAUUAAGCAAGGAAGUCAAUCAGAAUAUAUGAUUUAAUCAAGGAUUGGCAAUUAGCCAUGACAUCAUUAUCCAGAAUCAGAGUCCCCGUCAUCGUUGGCAUUCAAGGAUGCUGUUUUGGAGGGGCUAUUGAUCUCAUUACUUCUGCUGACAUCAAAUAUUGUUCUGAAGAUGCUAAAUUCUCAAUCAAAGAAAUUGAUAUCGGAAUGUAAACUCCAAUCCAUUUCACUUUUUAGGGCUGCAGAUAUAGGAACUCUUUAAAGACUGGGUUAAUAAAAUGCCAAUACCUCACUCUUUAGGGAAUAGGCCUAUACAGGAAGAAUUUUUGAUGCCUAAGAAGCCUUACACCUGGGUUUAGUUAGCAAAGUAGUUAAGAAUGACCAACUAAAUGACGAAAUCUUUAAGCUUGCUGAGAUCAUUGCUUCUAAGUCUCCAAUUGGAAUUUAUACAAUUAAGAGCAUCUUGACAAGGGAAUCAAAUUUAGAUUCAUAAUUAGAGGUUAUGGCAAGAACCAAUAUGUCAUUGGGCUUUACAAAUGAUAUGCCUACUGGAAUUACUGCUCUAAUUACAAAAGGGAAGGCAGAGUUUCCAAAAUUAUGA